CAACCAGCUCAUAUAAUUCAUACGUAUGAUAAUGGAAACCACUCACUUGCUGAAUUGUUUUCAGCAGGCACCUGGGGCCUUUUUCAGACGGAACUAUCGGCGACCUCCGCCGGAAGGUGGGUAGCAAUGACGGCCCCAGGUGCGCCCCUGCAGCGGCGGCCUCUCUUUCAUCGGCGACGAGGACACGAGGUGUACAGCGUCUCUGCGUCGCACCACCUCCACCACCAAUUGGGACGCGGCCUCUGUGCUCCCGGCGACACCCAGGCGUGCCCCCGCAGCAGCGGCGUCGGCUUCAUCAGCGACGAGGUCGGCGGCGUUUCCGCCUGUCCCGCGCGGAACCGUCUCCACCAUCCGUUCGACCACCGCGGCACCUCCGCGCGUCCCCGUACAGGUGCCAUGGGACUCUGCCUCAAGCUCGGUCCCUGCUACGCAUGCAUCUGUGAGCAUCUCUUGCAGCGCCGUCAAAGCCGACCCGACCCAGACCUGCGCGCUGGACGACUCGCUCGAUCCCACCGCGACGGCUUCCUCAGCAGCGAGGUCUUCCCCCAUCAGCGACCAGCGCCAGUUGGGCCGUGGCCUCCGUGCGUGCGGCGACGGACACAUGCGUCCCCACUGGCACUGCUGCGCCGUUGGACUCCACAUCAACCAAGGCCGACCUCACUCUAGAGGUGUCCGUGGCUCUGGACGACGUGUUCCCUACUGCUCCAUCACCUACGAUGGGGACGACCACCCAAUUGCCACACGCCCUGGAGCAAGUCACGAAGCUGCCCGCUACCUGUUCGACCAAUUGUUCGAGCAACAAUUUGGGUACGGCAUCCCCUGCGUCCUCAACUAAUCAAGGCACUGCAACAAGACUGCUGCCACCAACAACUCCAGCGUUCACUCAGGAGCUCACAGCGCAAGCUGGGUUGUCGCCAUCAACCUGCUCCUGCAACUCGGUACAUGAGGACGCCAUUGACACUGACGACAACUACACCAUGGAAGGUGUUCAUGGAAACUGAGGGCAUGUUCCUGACCACUCCAGCAGCAUCAGAAAGCUCAAUCUCCCAAUCACUGCAGUGGUUUGAGGAUCGAGGAUUUCACACACCCAUGCUUACCAAGUGUUUGACUAUCGGUACCUACUCGCUCCUGCUCUUACUUCCUCCUGUUGCAUUGGACACCAUUGAUACAGAAAUGACUGAGCGGCGGGACAUCUAUGAGGAUAGUGGAAAGUUUGUUCAAAAGGUGGACAACUCCUUCGUUCAACAUGCCAUCACAGUUUUAUAUGCGGCUGCCACCUGAUCCAUUGUAUGGUCAGAAAAGCAAGAGUAAAUUACUGGAACAUGAUAUGAGGGGAUGUUUCCUGUUUGUCAAGAGAGACAGCAGUAAUAUGAUCCAUGUUCGUGCAUCAAUGGAUGAAGACGCUUUGUUUGUUAUUGGCAAUUGUCGUGCUCAACAGUCUUUGUGUCAGUGGAGAGUUUCCCAGUCUUGAACAAGGCUCUAGGAAGGUGACAUUAGUCGGGCUGAAGCCAUGGUUUCCUUGGGAAUGUUUCUCUCUAGAAGAACUUUUCAACUUGUCAUUUUUUAUGCAGUGGUGUUGUACUGUAGUAGUGGAAGUGGUUCAUUUCCUGUAGCCAUUGCCCUUGACAGAUCAAGCAAUUUCCAUGGAUCAUUGCUUGGUUGCCAUGUGCCUUCCCUGAUUGUUCAAGAACGAUUGCUGAUAAGUUUUGCAAUGUAACGGUUGUGCUGGUGUUCAGAUUGGGAAUCUCUGUUCAAUCCCUAUCCUGUUUUGCUGCUGCUAGGUAUGCUCCAGUAAGCAAGUACACAUUUAUGAAUUACAGUGUUGCAGCCACUUAUGUCCAAGAAAAGGAGACCAGUUAUGCUGAAUGCUAUGUUACAUUGGUUGCAUGGUGGAUACAAAACUUAUGCAGUGUCAGAUUCCAUGGUUACAACUACCGCGGAAGGGUGGUUUCCAGUUUUGCCCUACUGGAAAAGCCUUAUUAUAUAUGGUUAUAUGUUUGCACAGAUUCAAUGGGAGAUUGCAUGGUUGAUUGGUCCCUUACAAGCCAAUAUUAGCUCCUUCAAGGCAUACUCUAAUUCCUGUGGUUUUAAGUUGCAGCAAUGGAGGAUUGCUUGGUCGCUAAAUGAUGCAUUUUUACAGCAUGAACUUCUAUCUUGCACUUGUGGAGCUUUAUCAUUCUCUGUUUCGGAACAAGUUCAAGGGAAAAUCACUUGGUCACUCUGCUAUGAUUUUUCUGUCCUCGACAACAUCUCAGUGUGGUUCUUAUGUAAGUGUUAAGCAGCUGUGGUUUGGUGCAAAUUUUCUGAAAAGCAUGUUGAGUUCUCUGAUGACAAAUCUCUGAAAAUCAUGGUUCAGUGCUCUUUUCUUGAACUGGUGAGCUACAAAUUCUCACAAGCUUGUGCCUCUGACUCCCAUAAUGUAGUUGUGUUGUGCAUUUGGGGUUUGCAGUAACUCACCUGUUAGCCUAGAUACAUGCUUGGGUAUUCAAGAUUUACAGAGAAUUGGGUGUAUGUGACCAAGCUUACUACUGCUGCAAAUGCUUUGUUGCCGACAACUCUUAUUUGCAAACCAUAAUGGAGUGCUCACCAGCGAGUUAGCCAGUCAGCCGAUGAGCCGAGAGCAAAACCGGCAACGGCGACAGUAGUGGACGGCGGGGAGGCAACUCCUUCUCUAAUCCAUCUCAAAUUCGGAAUCCCUGCAAGUGUGCGCAAUGACGUGGCAGGUCACCUGCUCCUACUCGCAGACAGCAGUGGGCCCGUUCCGGUCGUGCUGUGUCUGUUUGUCCACGUUCUACAGCAGGACAAUUGUGGAGUGCCCCGACUGCACCUGCGGCACCUGCCCAGCUAGGACCUCCACGGCGCCGCAGUGCCAGGACGCCGAGAUCCGGUGCACCGGGCACAUGUGCCCGAUAAGGGUGCACUGGCACAUCAAGAAGAGAUACACCGAGUACUGGCGGGUGAAGCUGUCGAUCAACAAUUUCAACAGGUUCAAGAACUUCACUGACUGGAACCUCGUCUUCCAGCACCAGAGUCUACAGGAGUUGACCCAAGUUUUGAGCUUCGCCUACGAGCCGCUUGUGCAGCGCAGCACGAUCAACGACACAGGCCUCUUCUGGGGGCUCCCAAGCUUCAACCAGAUGUUGCCCCAGGACGGUACUGUGCAGACAGAGGUCCUGCUGAGGAAGGGCAAGGAUUUCAGCUUUUCUGGUGGGUGGGCACUGCCUAGAAAGAUAUACUUCGACGGCAGCGAGUGCACGAUGCCGCCACCAGACGACUUUCCCCAGCUGCCCAGCAGCAGCCCUGUUCAGCGCUUCUCAGGAGGGCACAGGUGGUUGGCCUCAGGGGCCGUCUUAGUGCUUGGAUUACUACUGACUUGAGCAGCUCUGGCGCCGCCCGCGGGACCGAGACGUCAUUGACAUCUUCAUUGCAGGUCUUCGGGCGAUGGCUCUCCGCUUGGCGCCUCCACUUCAUCCACCACCUCCGGAGCCGGAUUAGGCACUUGAUACCGACGCACUAAGGCAUGGCAAGGCCACUUGAGGCGGCUCCCUUGGCAUGCGCCUCCUUUCUUUCAACCCUAUUGUCCUAUGUUUGUGUACUCUGUAUAUGUGUGGUGUGAAUCUUUUUGUUGGAUGCUUAUGACUAUGGUGGUUUGCUUGGAUGCAUUUUCAUGUAGUUUCGGUUGUCAACACCAUAAUGACUACUCAUUUGGUGUGAAUCUUUUUGUUGGAUGCUUAUGACUAUGUUUGUGUACUCUGUAUGUGUGUGGUGUGAAUCUUUA